AUGGCAGCUCUUCGUACAGCUUCGCGCCUCGUUGCGCCCUCCCGAUCUGCCUUGCGCACUUCCAUUGCCGCGAGAUCCUAUGCCACCGUAACCGAGACCCCUACAUUGGACACAUCGGCGAGUCGAGCUCCCGCCGCUCCACCUAAGACGGGCACGGUAGAGGAGCCAAAGCCCGAUAAGGAAGCAAAGAUCAAGACCUUUCACAUCUACAGAUGGAACCCAGACGAGCCGACCUCCAAACCUCGGAUGCAAACGUACACCCUCGAUUUGAACAAGACUGGCCCGAUGAUGUUGGAUGCGUUGAUCAGAAUCAAAAAUGAGGUUGAUCCGACACUCACUUUCCGACGAAGCUGUCGAGAGGGCAUCUGUGGCAGCUGCGCCAUGAACAUUGACGGAGUCAACACACUAGCUUGUCUCUGCCGAAUUCCAACCGACACGUCCAAGGAAUCUCGAAUUUAUCCUUUGCCACACACCUACGUUGUUAAAGAUCUGGUGCCCGAUUUGACCUACUUCUACAAGCAAUAUAAAUCUAUCAAGCCAUUCCUGCAACGAGACACGAAGUCACCAGAUGGCAAGGAAAAUCGACAGUCACCAGCUGAACGGAAGAAAUUGGAUGGUCUCUACGAGUGCAUCUUGUGCGCAUGCUGCUCGACGUCAUGCCCAUCAUAUUGGUGGAACAGUGAUCAAUAUCUCGGACCUGCAAUCCUUCUUCAAUCUUACCGCUGGCUCGCCGACUCUCGCGAUGAGCGAAAGGCAGAAAGAAAGGCAGUUUUGGACAACAGCAUGAGCUUGUACAGAUGUCAUACUAUUUUGAAUUGCACUCGGACAUGUCCUAAGGGUCUUAACCCUGCAAAAGCCAUUGCAGAAAUCAAGAAGAGUCUUUCUUUCUAA